AUGAAAAAUAAUAUUCAAAAAGUACUUUAAACAAAGAAAUAAUAAUAUGAAUACUUAUAUAAAGAAGCUCAAACUAAAUGGGAAAAGAAAAUCUAAGAUAAGGAUCAAAAUACAUCAAAAUUAGAAUAAGAGUUAAGAUAAUUAAAAAAUGAAAUAUAAUAAAAUUUGCAAAAAAAUGAAUAAGAAAUUCAAAAAGUUUAAAAAUAGAAAGAAUAAGAAUAUUAGGAAAUUAAAAGAUAAAAGGCGAUAAAAGAGUAAUAAAGGAUAGAGAACAAGAUGAUCAAAGAAAUAAUGAUGAAGAAAACAUAAGUUUCUUUAGAUGAAUGCGGAAAGUUAGAUAUUUGUUACGUUGUUGAUUUUACAUAGUAUAAAUUUAAUAAAUGAUUAUUUAGAUCUAUGUAACCAUAUGUUGAGCAAGUAAUAUGUUUAGCUUAAAAAUACUUAAAGGCUAUCAAAUUUUAGACUAAUAGAGAUAUAAUUCUUUCUUCGAUUGCAUAUUAUGAUAAAGAAUAGAAACCUAAAACUGGAUUAUAUCAUCAAUUUGAUUUCUCCAACAAUAUCUAAAAUUUUGAAAAGUUUAUUAAAGAAGUUAAACUUGAAGGAGCUAUAUAAAUAUCUUAUUUUUCAUUAAAAUCUUGA